AUGACGCGUCGACGAGGCGUCACUUAUACAUCCGACGGCAUCCACCCCGGCAGUCGUCGCAACCGGCUCUCGUCGCAACCAGUAGUCGUCGCAACCGGCAGUCGUCGCAACCGGCAGUCGUCGCAACCGGCAGUCUCUGGAGCCGACAUGCAACGAAUGCGAUCAAGCCCAGAAUCCACGGACGAGAAGCUGAAGCACGAGGCGGACCGGCAGAUGGACGUGCUGACGGUGGCGGACACCAACACGGGCAAGCGCCGCUUCGUCAUGGACCGUCUGCGCGCCACCUUCACGCGCAACACGUGGGGCUCCGACCGCCAGCGCAUGGCCGCGGGGCUGCGGGAGGCCUCCGCCGCGGAUGGCGCAGGCGGGGGGGGAGUGGGAGACGGGGGAGGGGUUGGCGGAGGGGUUGGCGGAGCGGGCGCGGGUGCGCGGCGCGCGGAGGAGGUGAAGCAGCCGGAGGAGGUGUCGGGGGAGAAGGUGGAGAGCCGGCAGAAGCCUCUGCCAGUUAACUUGCCGGCCGUCAAGAAGAAGAAGCGGCGGACGGGGCCGUUUAGCCGGCGGUCGGUGCUGGAAAAGUCGUCCGUGGAGGCGCUAGAAGCGGGGCAGAUGGCGCUUCGGGAGAUGAGCGCGGAGAUGGAGAGAUUAGAGACGUUAGAGCGCGAGGGGAAGAAGGACCCGCGCGCGGAGGGCGCGGCUGCUGUGAACACGUGUCAGAGAGCUAUAGUGCUGACGGAGGGGGAUGAGGAACUCAAAAGCGGGGAUAUUAAGCUGCCGUGCGGGAUGCGCGUGGGAUCCGCGAUUACAGUGGUGGGCAUGGUGCCGUCCGCGCCUGCGGAAGCGGGGCGUGGGGGGGCGGCUCCCGGGCAUGGGGGGACGGAAGUUGCGGCGAGGGAGGCGGGCGCGGGGGAGGUGGCGGCGGGAGGAAGGGGGACGGGCAGUGAAGGGUCGGCGCUGUCGUUUAUGCUGGAAAUACUGGUGAGUGGGGGGGGGGGGGUGGUGGUGAGUGGGAGACGCGAAGCUAGAGGGAGGGGCAUUUUCCUGGUUGGGUUUGAGAAUAUGGGUCUGGUGUUGGUCAGAGGGAGGGAACGACACGCGUCCACUGCACCUUUCCCUUUCCCUCACCUGUUUUUGCCCCUGAGGGGACCAAGCCGCUUUCUCAAGCAGCACCUCCCCCCUUUUCCCUCACCUGCACUCGCCCCUGAGGGAGCAGAAGCACGUGCAGCAGCAGCUUCCCGCCUUCACCCUCCUGCAUGCCCUUUCUUCCUCAUCUCCCCGCUCCCCUCUCCCGUUCUCCCUCCGCCCCCUCCCCUUCUCGAUCACCGCACUCUCCUCAUCCUCCCUCUGGAACCCCUUCUCAACCCCCCCACCCCCUUUCCCCAGGGCCUGGUCGUGGUGAAGGGCGAGGAGGCAACGCGCAUAUACCACCUGCACGCGCACCUGACGGGCGACAGCAGAGGCAGCAGCGGAAUCAGUAGUGUUGUUGCCGGCAGUGGGGGCAGCAGCAGCGUGGGGGGCAGCAGCAGCGUGCGGGGCAGUGGGGGCAGUGCGGGCAGUGCGGGGGUGCGCGUGAUCGAGCAGAACACGUGCUACCGCGGGCAGUGGGGCGAGUCUGUGCGAUGCGAGGGGUUUGCUUCUACAUACCACGAGGAGCGAGGUGCGUGGCGUGGGGAGUCAGGUGGGGGCAGGGGGCGCGAUGUGGGUGCAGGAAGAGAGAGGUGGGUGCAGGAAGAGAGAGGUGGGUGCAGGAAGAGAGAGGUGGGUGCAGGAAGAGAGAGGUGGGUGCAGGAAGAGAGAGAGGGGGAGAGGUGCGUGCAGGGGAAAAGAGGUGGGUGCAGAGGGAGUGAGGUGGGUGCAGAGGGAGAGAGGUGGGUGCAGAGGGAGAGAGGUGCGUGCAAAGGGAGAGAGGUGCGUGCAGAGGGAGAGAGGUGCGUGCAGAGGGAGAGAGGCGCUCCGCUCUUCAACCCUCCUGCAGUUCACCCCUCUCUCUCGUCACCCCUCCCCUUCUUCACCCGUCCCCCUCUUCUCCUCUCUGUUGUCCCCACAACAGUGGACGGGCAGCGGCGGUGUGAGAAGUGGUCGCGGGAGCGGGCGCGCACAGAGGAGGACCAGGAGCGGAUGGACGGCGCUGAAGGCGCGGAUGGCACCACGCACCUGGACACGGAGAAGCUGUCGGGGUGGCAGCGACAGGUGAUGAAGCAGGCGGACAAGGAGGUGACGGAGGAGUGGCCCUUCCCCUUCCAUGAGGACCGCCUCUUUGUGCUCGUUGUGCGCGCCGGCUGGGAGGGCUUUCAUGUGUCCGUCGACGGCAACCACGUCGCGUCCUUCCAGUACCGCUCGGGCAACCCACUAGAGGAGGCCACAGCGGUGGCCAUCAGCGGCGCCAUCCGUCUCAAGUCAUUCGUCGCCACGUCGCUGCCGCUCUCCCCACCGCUGCGCACGGCGGACCUGGAGGCGAGCGAGUCGCUCAAGGCACCGGCUGUGAGGAGGGACGCGAACGUGAGCAUGUUCAUCGGCAUCCUGUCCGCCACCAACCACUUUGCCGAGCGCACCGCUGUGCGCAAGACGUGGCUGCAGCACCCUCAGAUCCGCAGUGGGGAGGUCGUGGCUCGGUUCUUCCUCGCCCUGCAUCCGAGCAUUCAGGUGAACGUAGAGGUGCACAAGGAGGCAGCGCUGUACGGAGACAUGGUGGUGCUGCCAUUCAUCGACCGCUACGACCUGGUGGUGCUCAAGACCAUCGCCAUCUGCGAGUUCGGGCUCCGAAAUGUAUCAACCAACUACAUAAUGAAGGUGGACGACGACAACUUUGUGCGCCUGGACGCCGUGUUCGACGAGAUCCGAUUCGCCAACCACGCCAGCGGGAUGUACAUGGGCAACAUCAACGAGUUCCACAAGCCGCUCAGGGAGGGCAAAUGGGCGGUGUCUGAAGAGGAGUGGCCGGAGACCAACUACCCGCCGUACGCCAACGGGCCGGGGUACAUCGUCACACGCGACAUUGCUGACUUCAUCGUGCGCAUGAAGGAGUACAAGAUGCUGCGGAUAUUCAAGAUGGAGGACGUGAGCAUGGGCAUGUGGGUGGUGCAGUACGGCAUCAACAACACCAUUCACUACAUCCACAACUGGCGCUUCUGCCAGUUCGGCUGCAUGGACGACUACCUCACCGCCCACUACCAGUCGCCGCGCCAGAUGCUCUGCAUGUGGACCAAGCUGUCCAGAGGGGAGGCGAGGUGCUGCGCCUAG